AUGGCCAAGGCUAAAGGAGUGAUGCACCGUGCUGCUGAAAUGGGACUGAAUGUUUCUACCAUUCAGAAGGACACGGCUUCUUCCCUUCAGUUCCUUGAGGAGAACAUGCCCAAACUUUUGUCCUUCACCUCGAGCAACUCUAGACGCUACCAGCUGGUUGGCCUGGCCAACAUGGGGCAGAAGGAUGUCACCAUGCAGAGCAGGAACCGCUUAGCAAAUCAGAUGAAGGCUGAAGGGGAGAUGGACACAGUGAAGGGACUGGAGCCAGGGGAGAUGAGUGCGGGCAGAAAGCCUCUGUGCACCAGCUCUCCGCAUAAGCCCAGCGACUCAGCACUGCUGACAUCUUUCUCUCCACGGGAUGAUCCAGUGCUGCCCCCACCUCUUUUCUCUGACAUUGGGAAUGACAAGAAGUCACCAUUCUGCAAGGGGAGUGUCUUUGGAUCAGAGACCCUGAAGGAUCUAGUCUGGAAAUUCCUGACACAGUAUUACAGAAUCUAUGAUGAUGGGGACCGACAGGGCCUCCUGAGUGCUUACCAUGACAAUGCCUGCUUCUCACUGACUACUCUCUUCCACACUGAGGAUCCAUCCCGAAUCAGCUGCGGCAAGUCCUCCAAGGACAGCGGGGCUGUGAAAGAGUUCAAGGACAUCGGCCUGUGUGUUCUGUUGGUGAAACGCACAAAAAGUGAGAUUGUUGACUUCCUUAGUAUGUUGCCCAAGACCCAGCAUGACCUCAGCUCCUUCGUGGUGGACGUGGGUGCCCAGAUGAGAACCACGCUCUGUUUUUCUGUCCGUGGGAAGUUCAAGGAGACCGAGGGUCUGUGUGGCCCUCCUCUCUGUGCCUUCACGCGGACCUUCCUGUUGAGGACUGGCAGUGAUGCCAGCAUAUACAUCGUUAAUGACCAACUGACUGUGACUCAUGUGAGUCCCAAAGAACCCCAGAGUUCCUGCUUCUCCCCAGUGCCCACACCCUCCUCCAGCUUUGAGCCCACCACGUCCCAGGAGCAGCAGGAAGUGCAGUAGGCCCUCUCUCCGGGUUCUGGUCUCAGAAGUAAUGCAUUUUGUUUCUUUAUUUCCCUCAUGGUCUCUCUGGACCUCGUGCCCACGCUGUGCCUAUGAAGCCACCUAGUGGUUUACAGCAGGUGCUCAGGCCUCUUGACGUCCAUGGACCCUGUGCCUUUGAGGACAGACACACGUGUCUAGGAGUUUC